AUGUACGGCGUCCAGCAGCAAGUCCAGCCGACGCCCUACCCGCCGCAGAUGCCCAGCUACCCGCCGCAGAUGCCCAGCUACCCGCCGCCCCCUCCGGCCUGCAGGCCCGCCUUCGAGCCGCCCCAGUGCUACCCCUACCCGGAGCCCCCCCGGCCGCCGCCGCCGCCGCCGCCGCCGCCGCAGAGCUACGCCUGCCCCCCGCCGCCCCGGCCCCUGCCCCCCCAGGCCUGCCCGCCCCCGGCCGGCCUGCCCCGCGCCCGCCAGCACCGCCCCGCGCCGCUGCCCCUGCAGUGCCCGCCGGCCGGGCGGCCCUUCCCGGAGCAGAGCCCCGACGGCGGCACGGUGGUGUACGAGCGGGUGCGCACCUACAGCAGCAGCCCCGGCGGGAAGCGCGGCCCGCAGCUCCUGGAGGCGCCCCCCUGCGCCUCGCCCCGCGCCCCCUCCCCCGCCGACGGCUACCAGCAGGUCAUCUGGAGCAGCGACCCCCCCGGGCAGGAAGUUCAAUCUCCAUCUUUGAAAUUGUCUCCAUUUUCCCAGGGCACUGUCCGGAGGAUUAUAUUAGAGAAUCCUGAACAGGAGCCAUUGUCUCCACUUCUGAGAGGAGGAAAUAAUGUGAUCAUUGAAAAAACAGUAAGAAAGUAUGAGCUGCUAAAUCCAGAGGUAACAAAGCAGUACCACUUUGGCCAGCAGCACACACAGUCCGACCAAUGUCAAGUCAGCCAGCCUGUGGAAUAUAUUCCGGUGGCCCAGCAGUGCCAGCAGACUCAGACGGGCAGCCCCCGUGACAUAACUCCAAUUUGUGUCAACGAUGGUGGAAACAACACUGUGAGGAAGGUCACCAUUCAGACCUGUGAACCGGUGAUGAGCAUCCCAGAAACAAAUGACCAUGUGGACUCCCGCUACUUUGGCGAGCUCCUUGCAGAGUUGAACCGCAAAAGCAACGAGCUGUACAGCUGUUUGCUCCAGCAUGUUGAGAAGCUGGGUGGAAGGAGAUAUGAAAUUGAAUCUUUUAGUCAAACAGAAGAUAUUGAGAGUUUGAUUCCUAAAGGGCUUUCAGAAUCAACCAAGCAACAAAUCCGUUACCUCUUGCAGAUGAGAGUGACAGCAGAUAAGUCGAUGAGGCUGGUCCUUGCCACGUUCUGCAACCUUCGAGAGGAGCUCCUCCAUCUUCAGGAUGACUUAGGGAAAUUAGAAACCGACAAAACGCUACUUGAGAAAGACCUGGCUUUCAAAGAGUGUCAAGUGAAGGAGUAUGAAAAGCUUCUGGCGUCUGUGCGAGAGAAUAAUCACCAACAGCAGAAAGCCCUCCGGGAGGCUACUCUCAAGUGCCGCUCGCUGGAGGAGCAGCUCAUCUCUCUCCGGCACAAUGAUGGGGACAAGGAAUUUCGGCUGAAGGAUCUGGAAUACACCAAACGAACCCUGGAGCAAGAAGUCCAGAAUCUCAGGCUCCAGGUUUCGUCGAACCCCCUGAUCCAGACCACAACCGACGAACUGUCCAGCCGCUAUGUGGAGAUGAUCAACCAGCUCAGGGAGGAUAAAGACCGACAGAUCCGCAACCUGAGGUCUCAGUUAUGCGAAUUCCAGAAGGAUGUUUCGAAGAAAGAGGGGACGGAUGCUGACCUCCAGAUGCGACUGCAUGAGCUGAACAUGAGGCUGGAAGAGAAGGAGGCUUGGAUCAAGCAGCAGGAAGACGAAAUCUUCAGGUUGAAGCAAGAUAAAUUAGCAUGCAACCCAUCCCAAGGAAUAACGAAGACCAUCAUCACGAAAAAGUACAGGAACCAGUAUCCCAUCCUUGGGCUCUUGUCUGAUGACUACAAUGUUACAUCGCCUGUCAGAGGAUCACAGACGAUCGUAAUUGAAAAAACUGGAGAAAUGUGGAAGCAGGAAUGAACAAGCCCCCGGGACAAGUUCCCAGCUGCUCAGAAGAGUACACAGUCAAAGGAACGUUGUUGUUUUAUU